UAUAUUUCUUUUUGAAUCUUACUCCCCUUCUUUUAUAAUUUUACUACUUCACACAAUCCCGGCCUAGCUCAGUUUAGCUAUACUUACAUACAGUCAUACACAGAGACAGUAUGGAGACAACACGCAAAGAAUUGAGGAAACUCAAAAUGCCUCUCGGAGUACACAAAUCAAGCAACGAUUGCAAUUCACCGUCAAGGAAUGCCGCGUUCCAAGCCUGUCAAGCUUGUUAUGCGAGAAAGAAGCGAUGCGUUACGAGCCCCAGUCAUCAUCAAUGUACCUAUUGCUUCAGAGAAGGUCAACGCUGUGUACCGAGAGAGCGACCGGCUAGUACGAAAAUACAUCCCUGAGAGCACAUCUGAACAAUCCCGCCCGAAAUAUGAUCUUCCUUUGCCACAAGGUAUCGACCACGAAGUACCACGAUGGAGCGCAAUCUAUUCGAUGUUCUCGGAGGCGUUGAGACUUAUUCCUCCAGAAGGAUAUCAGAUGAGGGAUAAGAGGAAGCGGGCUGUUUCGACGGAGAGAGAGCAGAGUCCUGAAAGGAAGAAGAGUUGUUCGACCAGCAAUGCUCUGUCUGAUCGUGAUAUACGAGCUGGAGAUGUUAAACGCGAAUCAUACGAAUCGAGUAUCACGACAACGACACACGAGACGGAUGCCACGAUAUCAGCUCUUAAUCACUCGUCGUACGUGACGUCCUCCAUCACACCUCGAGACGAUAUCAUGUCAAUAGCUCGCAAUACCAGCGCUGGGAUGUUCUGGGAACUUGAUGCUCUGCUUCGGUUCUGA